AACUGCAAGAGACUUUCCCCAUUUCACAUCGGAAAGAACAAACCUGUAAUCUUGCUCGUUGAGACUCUCCCGCAUGGGCUGUGUUCGGCAUGCUUUCUUGCUAGAAGCCUCUUUUUCAAGCACUUUAAUGCAGCUCAUGGUGCUUUUCGGUGCAAGUUGAUCAAAAGAUGGUCCCUCCGCCAGCAGUCAGUGACGCCUCUCGCCCAGUGCAGCCUGGCAAGAGGUCACGAAUCAGUUGACAUCGACAUGGACCGUCCUCCAAAGACACCUGCGCCCUCUCGUUUCCUCCUCGGCAAGAAGCAAUCCCAACUUAAUGCAUCUUCACAACGGUUGCAAAACCAAGAAACACCAGAUCAAAACCAGGCACAACAAAAUGCAGCAAGCAGGGCACCAAAGUUUCAUUCGACUCCGCGGUUUCAAGCUGGAGCGUCAUCCACGCCAAGGCCGUCCUACCGAACCUCUACGGGCUUAUACUCUACGCCAUCCGCCAUAGCGAGCUCCAUCAAAAGCCGGACCAAUGUUCCAGAGAGACGAAAUCGAUCUAUGCUGGAGUUCAUCGAUGACGAUCUGCUGCCUGGCGAUGGAGAAAGCUCACCCUUUGCCCGCUUUCCCGACUCGGUGACACGGCCAGGACAGGUGCCAGAGUACCCAGAGCCGAUCGAUUUCGACUCUUCGUUUGUCUCACAGUCGCCGAUCAAGGUCAAGGAGGAAGACGAGGACGAGUUGGACCGGGAACGGUCUCACAAGCGCCGCCGUCUUUCACCGGUUAUCGACCUUGAUGUUGAGGAAGUGGAUGCUAGUAGUCCACCAUUUCCGGACGAGGGUGAGGGCGAAGGUGAUGGAGUUGAGGAGCUCAUUGAUGAUGCAGAGUCCGUGGUUGAUGAGGGGUCGUCACCGCCGAGGGCAUUGGACGAUGACAAUGAUAUCAUCAUUUCUAGUCCACUUGCUACCAGUGGCAGCGACCUCGAAAAGGAAGACGAAAGCGUUGCCGGCAGUCACUCAAGCGAACCUCUCUCUUCACUACCGCCUCGUGACCUCCGUUUACACGAGUACCCCAGUGAGUCUGAGGAGGACCUAGAGGGCGAAGACGAUGACGGGGACGAGCAAGCGAAUCAGGACAGGAACCCAGAAUCAGAGCGAUUCUACAAAAGUGAUGAGGGCCACACUCCAAAAGCAAAUCCGAAAUCGGCCUCCGACGCGGAACCAGACACAGACGCAGAAGAUCACGACCACGAACACAGAGGCCGAAAGUCAAGGUCAACAUCCAUGAAGCCCCAGGGCCCAAACCCCUUCCUCAGGGCACCUCGCUUCAAGCCCAAAUCACCAGGUCCUCCAGACCCUCCGUCAGACGUUCCUGUCCACCAUACGCUUCUUCCCGACAUCUUCUCACCCCAGCGUCGCCGUGGCGCUCGAUAUGUCCCGGGCGGGUUAGCAUCGGAACUGCGAGACUGGUUACUGGAGGUCAAGGGUGGCUCCGGUACUGAACCGACCCCCGUGGCCGCUACUGCCCACCUCGCCAUUGAGACCAUAAAGAAGUGCGGACCUGGGAUCAGUAUGACGCUUGUUACCGGUCGACCAAUGAUUGGUGGUCGUGAUGGAACGAAAGUGCCCAGGAGUUAUAGGGCUUUGUUAGCUGGUGAUGGGAGGAUGGAGGGGCUUAGUGGAAGUGGUGCUGGUGUUGAGAGCAAGCCAGAAGGAGAGGAGGAAGGUGCGGAUGAGCCGGACAGAAAGCCGUUGGUAUCCGGAGCGAUGGUAGCGAUUGCACCGCCUGCUUGGGAUAUUGACUUGGGUGAGGAAGAAGAAGAUGAUCAAGGUGACAAGGGCAAGUGGGCGGUUGCGUAUCGGUGGGAUGUGCUUUGAAGGAGACUCCUGAGACGCCGUCAUCUGCUCCGCCUCACCGGAACG